ACUAACUUCAGUAGUCAGUCCGUUCCGAGAGCAGACAUGAGCCGUCGUGGCAGCCUGACCCUAUUGGCCCUGGCGGGCCUUCUGAGCUCCGCUUCGGCCGCUGCUUUAUUUGGAGCACCCUCGUGCCCGGAACAACAUGGAGUGCAGGCGUAUGCACAUCCUGAGGACUGUAACUCCUUCUUCUUGUGCACGAAUGGCACCCUUACCCUGGAGCACUGCGAGAAUGGUCUGCUUUUCGACGGCCACGGUGCAGUGCACAAUCAUUGCAACUAUCACUGGGCAGUGCAUUGCGGAGAACGCAAGGCUGAUCUGACGCCAUAUAGCUCGCCAGGCUGCGAGCACCAAUUCGGUUUAUACCCGGACAGCGAUUCGUGCAGUACCACCUACAUAAAAUGCACGCAUGGAGUGGCUCUCCAGGAUCAUUGCGAUCCAGGAUUGGCUUACGACCACAAAACCCACACAUGCGUCUGGCCAGACCAGCUUCUGCCAUACUGCAACCCUGAGGCUAUAGUGGGCUUUAAAUGCCCCCAGAAAGUCCCAGCUCAUACCCCUGCUGCGAAAUUCUGGCCCUUCCCGAGGUUCCCCGUGCCAGGUGACUGCGGUAGGUUGAUUACCUGCGUGGAGGGACAUCCUCGUCUGAUCACCUGCGGCGACGGCAAGCUUUUUGACUCGGUCACUCUCUCCUGUUUGGACCCUGAGGAGGUUCCUCACUGCGCCAACCAUCUGUAACAAGCUUCGUCCACAGCGAUGCAAACUGAAAAGCUGGAAACGAGGAACCCUUACCGACACCUUUGACAUCAGUGACACCAUCGACACCUUUCACACCUCAGACUUCAUUUACAUGCGACGACAGGUGCAGCGUUUCUCAAGCCGAUAGGUUCCACAUUCACGCCAUCGCGGACAAAAUCGCUCAAUUUCGUAAAAGCGACAUGCAACCGACCUACGGGAAACCGUAUCCGGGGGAUCCCCAUUCCCCGCACGUAGGUCCUAUAGGAUCCGCCAUCGAAUCGAUCCAAGAACCCGCGUCGAAUUAGUUUCACUGUACAGCACCCCAUCGCGAGACGAGAGGGCCGAGAGGCGUAAAUAAAAUGAUACCCCGUUUAGACGUACGUAUAAAAAUAUACAAC